AUGGCACAGAACAUCGACUCUUUCGAACAACUCACGACCCGAAUCGGACGUCUGCGGAUGAGAAGAUGUGGUCCCACACCGGCUUUGACUAUCUUCGUCGCUUACGCUCCAACAUCAAGCUACGAAGAAGAAGAAGUCGAAGCUUUCUAUAUGGACCUGGAGAAGUUCUACCGAGAAGAUCAUGCCUUUUACAAGGUCAUAAUUGGCGACUUCAACGCCAAAAAGCCCUCCUCUCUACGCUGGACGUGGGAGUCACCCGGUGGAGGGUACCGUAAUGAGAUAGACCACAUCAUCGUCAAUAAAAGGUUCUGCCUGACGGAUGUCGCUGUUGUACCAAAGUUCUAUACGGGAUCGGACCAUCGCCUCCUCCGAGGAAGAUUUUCUUUCACGCGGAGAGCAGAGAAAGCCGCCAAGUUCAGCAAGAGAAAUCCCAGAACUACCAUCAACUGGGAUCUCUUCGCUACGUUAGCCGGCUUUUGGGAAGAUUCCGCAAUGGACAACAUCGACGAGGAAUACGACCGGCUUGUCAAACACCUUCAUGACUGCGCGAAGAAGGCUGAGAGUAUUAAAACAACCAAGAGACGCCUGUCUCUUGAAACUCUUGAGCUGAUACGCCAGCGUGGAGCAGCACGAGCCGCAGGGAACCAAGAGCUUACGUCCGAGCUCGCAAGGCUUUGCAGAGAGGCGAUAAAGAAAGACCUUAAAGAGAGAAGAGCAGAAGUGCUGGCUGAAGCAGCAGAGGCGGGAAAAAGCAUCCGCUAUGCCCGCCGAGACUUCGCCAGUCGCAAGACAAGGAUGACAGCUCUCCGGAACCCGAAGGGAACAACCAUUGCAUCGAGAAGGGGAAUGGAGAAAAUCAUCUACGACUUCUACUCUGAUCUCUUCGACAGCCGUGCCCACUUGCCUCCUCACCAUCUGAGGGAAGAUGGACAUGUCAUUCCAGCGGUUCUCCCGUCCGAAAUACGACAUGCUAUCAUGUCGGUGAGAAAUCGUACAGCAGCCGGUCCCGACAGAAUAAAACCAGAACACCUGAAGAACCUUCCGCCAGUACUCAUCAACACCCUGGCGAGGAUCUUCACACGUUACCUGUCGGAAUGCAAGGUCCCUAAACAGUGGAAGACCAGCAAGACCGUGUUGCUGUAUAAAAAGGGAGAUCCACAUGACAUCGGCAACUAUCGCCCAAUCUGCUUACUGUCCGUCAUCUACAAGCUCUUCACAAGAGUGAUCCUUAAUAGGAUUGAAAAGGUCUUGGAUGAAGGACAACCAUGCGAGCAAGCAGGGUUUCGAAAAGGAUUCAGCACGAUCGACCAUAUUCACACUGUUUCGAGACUCAUCGAGGUAUCACGAGAGUACAAGAUGCCGCUCUGUCUCACUUUCAUCGACUUGAAGAAGGCCUUUGACUCAGUUGAGACGGAAGCGGUCGUGGAAGCCUUGGACAACCAAGGCGUUCCCACUCAGUACAUAAAGGUGCUUCGAGAGUUGUACAGUAACUUCACGACCGGAAUCUCGCCAUUCUACAAGAAUAUCAUCAUUGACGUGAAGAGGGGGGUUCGACAGGGUGAUACAAUCUCACCCAAAAUAUUCACAGCCACCCUCGAGAACGCAAUGCGAAAGUUGGAAUGGGACGACAUGGGAGUGAAGAUCGAUGGUCGGCAGCUACACCAUUUGCGCUUUGCUGAUGACAUCGUACUGAUAACACCUAGCAUCAGCCAAGCGGAACGAAUGCUGACCGAAUUCGCCGAAACAUGUGGAUGCAUCGGUCUUGAGCUGAAUCUUCAAAAGACGAUGUUCAUGCGGAACGGAUGGAUCUCGGAUGCCCCAUUCACGCUCAACGGAACGAACAUAUCCGAAUGCACCAGCUACGUCUAUCUGGGUCGGGAAUUGAACAUGAUGAACGACCUGGCCCCCGAGCUGGGCAGGAGGAGAAGAGCGGCUUGGGGAGCGUACAAGAGCAUCGAGGACGUAGUGAAGAAGACCAAGAACACCCGGCUCCGUGCUCACCUCUUCAACACCACCGUACUUCCUGCUUUGACCUAUGCCUCAGAAACCUGGGCACUUCGCAAGCAGGAAGAAAACGCGGUGAGCGUCAUUGAACGCGCAAUUGAGAGAGUGAUGCUAGGAGUAUCCCGUUUCAAGCAAGUGAGAGACGGGAUUCGAAGUUCUCUCCUACGUCAGCGAUCGAAGAUCAGAGACGCCGCCGCGUUUGCCAAGGAAAGUAAAAUAAGGUGGGCCGGACACGUGAUGCGCUUUAACGACAACCGUUGGACCAGAGCCGUGAGCGACUGGAUUCCCCGCGAUAUUAAGCGCAAUACAGGAAGACCGCCGACCCGAUGGUCAGAUUUCUUCACGAAGUCCUUCAAAGAAAAUUACGAUGCUCUUCGUGUCCCACGCGAAAGGAGGAACCACUGGGCUACUCUGGCACGCGACCGGGACAAAUGGAAGAAUUACUGGCGCCCGCUCGACCGGUUCGAAGACCAACGGGAGUCAAGGUGA